GCAACACAAGAGAGUCCAAUAUGGCGGCGGCUUAGCAAAUACAGUCGAGUCGUUAAGUAACUAAACAGUUAAGCUAAAACCUGCUUUGUGGUUCUUGUCCUUAUAUGAGUGCACACCAACGGAAUGGAGACUGAAGAGAUAGCAUUGGCUUUGGUUCGCUAUUAUUGCUAUGAGAAAUACUACAAUAACGCAGUGAACGCUGCUGAGGCCGCUCAGAGGAAAUUCGGCCAUGACCCCGUCUUUAUUUUCUUCCACGCUUAUGGCACGUUAAUGCAAGAUCAAAUUCAGGAUGCAAUUGCGGAAUUUGACACCAUCAGGGCCAGUCCAGAUGUGUCUCUUUGCACUUUAAUGGCCCUUGUAUAUGCAGAGAAGAAAAAAAACAACCCAGACCGAGACGUCAUCCAAGAGCUUGAUGCCAAAGUAAAAGAGGAUCGAAAAAGUGCAUCUCCCAAAAGUUUGUACCAUGCUGGGAUGUUUCUCUGGCUGCUCGGUCGCAAUGACAAAGCGAGGGAAUAUAUAGAGAGAAUGAUAAAAAUCUCCAAUGGCUCCCGAGAGGGGACAAUUUUAAAGGCUUGGAUAGACGUCACAUCUGGUAAAGAUUCCUAUGCCAGGAAAGCUGGGAAAUACUUCGAUGAAGCCAUGAAGGAGGAGCCAGAUGUUUUUGCCCUGAUGGGGAAGGCCCAGUACUAUGAAUACCAUCAAAACUACUCUGGAGCUUUAGAAGUUAUUAACCAGGUCAUCGCUGGUUUCCCUGGAUUCCUACCGACUCUCAUUAAGAAGAUGAAACUCUUGUUACACCUCCAAGACUGGGAGCAAACUGUUGAUGCAGCACACAGGCUUUUACAGAAGGAUAAAAAUAACCUGGAAGCGCUACAGAUGCUGGCUCUGAAUUCUUUGUGUAGGGACGGAGACAUAUCUGAGUCAACAAAGCAGCUUUCAGGCCUCAUCAGCAGUUUGGAAGUAUUGGAGCCGAACAACCCUGAGCUUUUCUAUCGGAUGUCUCUUGCCUUCACCCGCGUUUGCGGACGCAAUGAGAAAGUGCUGGAGCAGACGACUCGUAUGGUGGAAAGAGCCUUCUCUAUGGCAUCUGCUGACUCAGAUUUAGCCACGGAGUUGGGCUACCAGAUGGUUCUACGCGGGAGAAUCAAGGAAGCUUUGAGGUGGUACAAGACUGCAAUGACUUUGGACGAGACAAGCGUUGCGGCUUUGACAGGUAAGAUUCGGUGCCAGCUGCUGGAGGGCCAUCUUGAAGACGCUCAACACCAACUGGAAUUCCUAACCGAAAUUCAGCAGUCCAUCGGGAAAUCAGCGGAGCUUCUCUACCUGCGUGCUGUCCUGGCAGUGAAAAGGCGCCGCCCCCAGGAGGACGUAAACAAGCUUCUGAAUGAAGCAGUGGAGACCCACUUCUCCACGCUGCAGGGUCUUCCUCUGGGUGUGGAGUAUUUUCAGAAACUAAACCCUGAAUUCCUAUUGGAGAUUGUCAGAGAGUACCUGGCCUUAUGUCCUGCAAAGCCUCCAGCGCAGGGCCAACCUCCUGCUCCUCAGCUGCAGCACUGUGCCACCUUGUUGGACACUGUGGUCAAGAUUGUACCAGGUCUACUUCAAGGAGUCUUUCUUCUUUCGAAAGUCAAAUAUCUGCUCGGGGACGUGGAUGCUGCCCAGAGCAGCCUGCAGCACUGUCUGGACCAGUGUCCUUCUCACGCUGAAUCUCAUCUGCUGAUGGCUCAGAUCCACCUGCAGCAGGGGAACUUCACGCUGAGCUCCCAAUCACUGGAGUUCUGCCUCAGCCACAACUUUGAGAUUCGUGAGCAUCCAUUGUAUCAUCUGAUCAAAGCUCAGGCCAAGAAAAAAAUGGGUGAGCUGUCGGAAGCUAUUCAGACACUGCAGAUGGCCUUGAGUCUCCCAGGGGUCCGCAGAGCAGGAUCCUCAUCUAAGUCCAAGAACAAGAAGAUUGAGCUGAGUCCUGCAGAUUGUGUCUCCGUUUUUCUUGAAUUAGCAGAGGCUUUGUGGCUCAACGGAGAGCAGCAUGAAGCAGCUAAAGUCAUGCAAGAUGCCAUCAACGAGUUCUCAGGCACGGCCGAGGAGCUGCGUGUCACCAUUGCCAAUGCAGACCUGGCUCUGCGGCGAGGGGACACGGAGUUAGCACUGAGCAUGCUCAGGAACAUCACUCCAGAGCAGCCCUACUAUAUCCAAGCCAAGGAGAAGAUGGCCGACAUCUAUCUGAAUCACAGAAGAGAGAAACGUCUGUACGCAAGCUGUUACAGGGACAUGGUGGAGAAGCUUCCCAGCCCACACACAUACCUCUUACUGGGUGAUGCGUACAUGAAUAUUCAGGAGCCCGAGAGAGCCAUUGAAGUUUAUGAGCAGGCGCUGAAGAAAAAUCCCAAAGAUGGUGCUUUAGCCAGCAAGAUUGGGAAAGCUCUGGUGAAGACUCACAACUACAUCAAGGCAAUCAACUAUUAUGAAGCGGCACUGAAGACUGAGCAGCAGAACUUCCUCCGUUACGACAUGGCAGAGCUCCUAAUGAAAAUGAAGCAGUACGAGAGGUGUGAGAGAAUCCUACAGGAUGCUCUGGCUCAUGAACCAGUGAACGAAUUGCCGGCUCUGUCCGAAGACUGUCGCUACCUUGUCUUAAUGGCAAAGAUCCAAAACAAAGUUGACAAAACAGAAGACGCCUUGCUGUCCUUACAGCGAGCUCGUGAUGUGCAGGCCAAGGUUCUGAAGCGGGUGCAACUGGAGGCUCCCGACGCCAUCGCCAUGCAGAAGCAGCUUGCCGCUGAGAUCUGCGCAGAGAUCGCUAAACACUACACAAGUCAGAGGGGCUAUGAGAGAGCGGUCAAAUUCUACAAAGAAGCUCUUAUGUAUUGUGAGACAGAUCGCAAGGUCAUGUUGGAGCUGGCACGGCUGUAUCUCACUCUGGACGAGGUGGACCUUUGCCAGGAGCAAUGCGGCGUCAUUUUGAAGAGCGACCAGUUUAAUGAAGAUGCCACACUGAUGAUGGCCGACCUCAUGUUUAGAAAGCAAGACUACGAACAAGCUGUAUUCCACUUUCAACAACUACUAGAGCGCAAACCAGACAACUACCCGACUUUGUCUCGACUUAUCGACUUGCUGAGGAGAGCAGGGAAGUUAGAGGAAGUUCCUGGAUUUUUUGAAUUGGCUGAAAAGCACUCAUCCAGGACCAAGUUUGAUCCUGGGUUCAACUACUGCAAAGGAUUAUAUCUAUGGUACACCGGAGAACCCAACAACGCUCUGCGACACUUCAACAAAGCUCGCAAAGACAACGACUGGGGCCAAAAUGCAGUGUACAACAUGAUAGAGAUCUACCUGAACCCAGACAGCAACACCAUGGGUGGAGAGGUGUUUGAGAGUUUGGACGGAGGUGAUAUGGGGAACUCCACAGAGAAGCAUGAGUCGGAGCAGCACGCCGUGAGAACGGCUGAGAAGUUACUCAAAGAGUUAAAGCCUCAGACACCAGGUGGACACUUGCAGCUCAGCAUCCUGGAGAACUACUGCCACUUGGCAACCAAACAAAAGGCCAACAUUGAGAAAGCCCUGGCUGUGUUCACAGAGAUCGCAAAUAAUGAGAAGGACCAUGUUCCGGCACUGCUGGCCACAGCAACCGCCUACAUGAUGCUCAAACAGACCCCUCGCGCCAGGAACCAGCUCAAACGAAUAGCUAAGAUGAACUGGAGCAUCGUGGACGCCGACGAGUUCGAGAAGAGCUGGCUGCUGCUGGCAGACAUCUACAUAAAUUCUGGGAAGUUCGACAUGGCAGGCGACUUGUUGAAGAGAUGCCUCAACCACAACAAGUCUUGUUGUAAGGCAUAUGAAUAUUUGGGCUACAUCAUGGAGAAGGAACAGGCUUUUCGUGAUGCAGCGUUACACUAUGAACUCGCAUGGAAAUAUGGCAACUGGUCUAAUCCGACCAUCGGGUACAAGCUUGCUUUUAAUUACCUGAAAGCAAAGAGGUACGUCGACGCCAUCGACGUUUGUCACAAGGUUCUUGCAGCACAUCCAAACUAUCCCAGAAUGAGAAAAGACAUUUUGGACAAAGCUCGGGCAGCAUUAAGAUCUUGAAGCAACUCUGCAAAUAGUCAUACAUUCCUGACUGUGAGCGAACAGAGGGACAUUUUUAGCUCCACGCUUGUAAAUGUGCCAUUUAUGAAGGGAAAAGUGGCCUUGUAUAUAUAUUGAGCGAUAUGUUUUGAGAAUUGUAAGUAUUUUUUCAGGAAUGUGCUGGAUAUUUAACUCUUAACUCUGAAACGCUAUUAAACAUUAUCACUGCUU